AUGGAUCAGCAGGACCAAUCGGGCGUUCCUGGCCCCUCUGGCCGCAAGCUCCAUAUUGCUCAUCGGAGGAGUCCAUCGGAGCUUACCCCCCUCAUGAUGGAGCAACUCGCCAUCCAGCAACAAAUCGAGCUGCUUCAGCAGCAGCAACAACAGAUCGCGGCAACACACCAACAGUAUGUGAGCAUGGGACUGUUACAACCACAGCAGCUGGGGCAGGUUUCGCAAUUCUCUCCUUCACUGCAGGGCGGUGCGUCCGUCGGUGGCGUGUCCCCUCAGAUUAAUGCCUUCCAAUUUCCCCAGCUUGCCCAGCAACAACUUGGUGUGCCAGUGAACACUUCAAGUCAACAUUCGCACAGGCGUAACCAGUCAGCCCUCCCGGGCAUUGGUAUGGGGCCUCCUCCAGCUCCCUCCUCGGGGGCUUCUGGGUACUCCGACUAUAAUCAGCAACAACAAAGUAACCAGCCAAAGAACGACAAUGGAAGUCAUGGCCGUAAUCGGGGGCCCCCGGGUGGCGGCCACCAACGCCGCCACUCGCUUGCGCUGCCGGAGGCUAAGAAAGCAGCAGAACUAGCUCAGCAGAAGAGGACCGCAUCCGGUUUUCAGUUCCCUGGCCCGAAUGCGGGUGGUGAAUCCUCUGAAACUGCAGCCAGUUCAGAAGACAAGUCAACUCCGCUUACCACGCAAUCGCCCCAGGGCUUAGGGUUCCAGCGGGCUGGCAACAUUCGUGCUGGUGGUCAUGGGCGGAGCCAAUCCAUGGCAGUUGGCGGCAAUCGAGGAAGUCUGUCUGGCCGCGGCGCUGGUGGCUUCCAAUUCCCCUCCAACGAUGGUCCAGGUGGCUCGGAGAACCAGCGACGUGGGAGUCAGCCCGGUCAUGCCCGGUCUUCGUCAAGAAACUUCGACGGCAACUGGCGUCAACCGAACAACCAGGGCCAGAAUCAGGAUCAACAGAAGGGCUUUGGACAGCAGGGCAGUGGAUUCCAGCCCGGCCACCGCUCCCGUGCCUCCAUGAACCAGUCGAUCGGCUCGAUCGGCUCGUUCCAGUAUCCAAACCAACCGCAGCUCAUCCAACUUCCGCAGGGUCAAGUUGUCAUGGCACCGCCGCAGAUGUUUGGCGGCAACCAACAGCUGAACCCGCUGCAGUUGGCUCAGCUGCAGGCUCUGCAGCAAAAUGGGCAGCUUAACGGCCAAGGACUUGGCCUCCAGGCCAGUCAGCAUGCUCCUCCACAAGUCUCUACCCAACAGCAACAGCAGCAGCAGCAGCAGCAGCGGAAGACGCUUUUCACUCCCUAUCUGCCCCAGGCAAACCUUCCUGCCCUCUUGAGUAACGGUCAGCUGGUGGCCGGUAUCCUGCGAGUCAACAAGAAAAACCGUUCCGAUGCAUACGUGACGACACCGGACCUAGAUGCGGAUAUCUUUAUCUGUGGAAGUAAAGACCGUAAUCGCGCACUCGAGGGUGACUACGUGGCUGUGGAGCUGUUGGAUGUCGAUGAGGUAUGGUCUCAGAAAAAGGAAAAAGAAGAAAAGAAGAAGCGCAAGGACAUUACCGACGCUCGAUCUGGUAGCAACGCCGGAACCGACAAGCUUUCCCGGUCAGACUCGGGGCCCAGUGGUGAACGCCAGGAAGUUGGGCCGGACGGCAGUAUCCGCCGACGUGGAAGUCUUCGUCAGCGACCGACACAGAAGAAGAAUGACGAUGUCGAGGUAGAAGGCCAAAGCCUUCUCCUGGUCGAGGAGGACGAGAUCAGCGAUGAGCAAAAGCCCCUGUACGCAGGCCACAUAGUGGCUGUGAUCGAACGGAUUGCCGGGCAAAUGUUCUCGGGAACUCUUGGACUCCUCCGCCCCAGUAGCCAGGCGACGAAGGAAAAGCAGGAGGCGGAACGGCUCGCCAGAGAUGGCGCCCACGGCCGCCCACAGCAUGAACGUCAGCAGGAGAAACCGAAGAUUGUCUGGUUCAAGCCCACUGAUAAGCGUGUCCCCUUGAUCGCCAUCCCAACCGAACAGGCCCCACGUGAUUUUGUUGAGAAGCACCAGGAGUAUGCUAACCGCAUCUUCGUUGCUUGCAUCAAGCGGUGGCCCAUCACUUCCCUGCAUCCAUUCGGAACCUUGGUAGAACAACUGGGUGAAAUGGGCGAUCUGAAGGUGGAAACCGAGGCCCUCCUUCGCGACAAUAACUUUGGCUCCGAUGAAUUCUCUGAUGCUGUUCUCAAGAGUAUUGGCUGGGAAGAUUGGUCCGUCUCGAGCCAAGGCGACGCUCUUCUUUCCUCCCGCCGUGAUUUCCGUGAUGAAGUUACCUUCACUGUGCAUCCAAAGGGAACCAAGGAGUUAGAAAAUGCUUACCAUUUCAAGCCUCUCGCUGACGGCAAGGUCGAAAUCGGAGUACACGUGGCAGAUAUUGCGCACUUCGUGAAGGGUAACACUCUGGUGGAUCGGGAGGCCAAAAAAAGGGGUACAGCUGUCCAUCUUGUUGAUCGGCUCGUCAAUUUGCUGCCUCCGCGGAUUGCUACUGAGCUCUGCUCUCUACUACCAGGGGAGGAUCGUCUAACCGUCAGCGUUGUAUUCAAGGCUAACCCGGAGACCGGUGCCGUUGACGAAGAUGUCUGGAUCGGUAAGGGUAUCGUUAAGAGCUCUGGCCGACUGAGCUACGAAGAUGUUGAUUCAGUGAUUCGGGGCACGUCGCAUGUGGCUACGUCUGAAAUUAAGGCUGACACUAUCCGGGCACUACACGCUAUAUCCUCGAAAUUCCGGGAGGCAAGAUUUGGAAAUCGGACCUCGCGGAUACCGCCUCUUCGUCUACUGUAUCAAAUGGAUGAUGAAAAUGUACCGGUUCAAAGCAACAUCUUCGAUGCUUCUCCUGUGCAGGAUUUGGUGGAAGAGCUGAGCCACAAGGCCAACUUCUUUGUUGCUCGCAAGCUAGUGACCGCACUACCGGAUAAGGCUUUUCUGCGUCGUCAGCCGUCUCCUAAUACUCGCCGUCUUCAAACCCUCGUCGAACGGAUGAAUCGGCUUGGCUUUGGUUUGGAUCCGGCGAGCAGCGGAACUCUGCAGAGCAGUCUCUGCAAUGUCCAAGACGAUAACCUGCGCCAGGGAAUGGAAACCCUCCUUGUCAAAGCGAUGCAGCGUGCGAAAUACUACGUCGCCGGCAACGUCCCAGAUGAGCUACGCCAACACUACACUCUCAAUCUUCCCGUGUAUACCCACUUCACCAACCCCUCCCGCCGUUAUGCCGAUAUCCUCGUUCACCGCCAGCUAGAGGCUGCCUUGUCUGAUGGUUCUAUUGAAUUCUCGGAUGAUGUGGAAUCGCUGAACAAGACCGCAGACCUGUGCAACAACAAGAAAGAUUCAGCUCACAACGCCCAGGAGCAAAGCGUCCAUAUCGAAGCGUGCCGGAAUAUGGACAAAAAGAGGCAGGAAGUUGGUGGUGACCUGAUCAGUGAAGGAAUCGUUCUCUGUGUCUACGAAUCCGCCUUCGACGUUCUUAUCCCGGAAUACGGCUUCGAAAAACGUGUCCAUUGUGAUCAGCUUCCCCUCAAGAAGGCUGAGUUCCGCAAAGACACGCGGGUUCUGGAACUUUACUGGGAAAAGGGUGUCCCCUCCUCGGCGUAUAUCCCCGAGGACGAACGGCCCAAGCCUACAAACUCCCGUGCCGCCCAGGCUGCCGCCGCUGCGCGUGAAGCAGAGGCUGCCCGGGAGCGUGCCCGCGAGAGAGAGGAGGCUAUUCGGAAGCAGACCGAAACUGGAACUAUGUCUGCCGAUGACGUGGACGCUCUUUUCGACGAUGAUGACGAUGUCUCCGAGGUGACUGAGAUGGCAGCCGGUGUGUCGUUGAAUUCCUCUGCCGACCGUUCGACUCAGAGCAUGCCACCUUCGCCAACACGCAAUGGUUACCUCCAACAAGCGCCUCAUCGCACGCGGUCUGACCCCAAGAUUGCAUCAACCACCGGCGAUGCUCCUGAAGCCAAGUUGACGAACAAGGAGAAGUACCUACGGCUGUUCAAGCUCAGGGAAGAAGACGGAGAACAUAUCCAGGACGUCACCGAGAUGACACGCGUUCCUAUUAUCCUCAAGACCGAUUUAAGCAAGAGUCCCCCAUGUCUCACCAUUCGUUCCGUGAACCCCUACGCUUUGUAG